AUGCCAAGCAAGCUACAAAAAGCAAUUGGUGCUGUGAAAGACCAAACCAGCAUCAGCCUUGCCAAGGUUUCAAACAACAACUCCUCCAACCUCGAGGUUUGUGUGCUCAAAGCCACCACCCACGACGACAUCCCCAUCGACGAGCGCUACGUGUCCGAGAUCCUCCAGCUCGUGUCUUCCGACAAAACCUACGCCGCGUCCUGUGCGCGAGCCAUCGGCAAACGCAUAGGCCGGACGCGGAAUUGGAUCGUGGCGCUCAAAUCCCUAAUGCUCGUCCUCCGCAUUUUCCAAGACGGGGACCCUUACUUCCCUAGAGAAGUCCUCCACGCCAUGAAACGAGGUGCCAAGAUCCUCAACCUUUCCAGCUUUCGAAACGACAGCAACUCCAGCCCGUGGGAUUUCACCGCCUUUAUACGAACGUUCGCCCUCUAUCUCGACGAGCGUCUCGACUGCUUCCUCACCGGGAAGCUCCAGCGCCGGUACAACAACCGGGACAGGGAGCUCGUUAACCAUAGGAGUACUCGCAGAGGCAAUGAGCCGGUUCGCGACAUGAAACCGGCUAUGUUGCUUGACCGGAUCUCCUAUUGGCAGCGAUUGCUCGACCGGGCCAUCGCCACACAACCCACCGGUGCCUCCAGGAACAACCGGUUGGUUCAGGUGUCGCUCUACGCGGUGGUGCAAGAGACUUUCGAUCUGUACAAGGACAUUUCUGAUGGGCUUGCCCUGCUUCUUGACAGUUUCUUUCAUUUGCAGUACCAGUCGUGUGUUCAUGCGUUUCAGACUUGUGUUAAGGCCUCGAAACAAUUCGAAGAGCUCAGUGUGUUCUAUACGUUGUGCAAGACCAUUGGAGUUGGAAGGACCUCUGAGUACCCAAGUGUUCAAACAAUUUCAAAUGAGCUAGUUGAGACACUGCAGGAAUUUCUCAAGGACCAAUCUUCUUUCCCGGCCACCGGGAAAUCUCCGAAUAGGCCGUUGCUCCUUCCUGCGCCGUCGAAUCCCAGUCCUGCUAUGUCCGGUGGGGCCGAGAGCUACGGUCUGUCGGAGUUCUCGGAACCCCUUUCUGAGGAAAUGAGUUCUGAGUUUGGGUCACAAUGUAAGUCUUUGGAGGACUUAAUAAGUGCUACUGAAUUGACAGGGAAGAGAAGAUCGUCGAUUUCGAUUGAUUUAGAGGCUUAUUCUUUUUCGAAUCAGUUAGAGAAACCAUCACAGCAAGACGAUGCGUGUAGUCAAAAUGAUGCAGCUUCAAGCAAGUCAUUGCCCACAACGGCUUCGAUGGUUGAUCUUGUAUCCUUCGACGAAUUGCCUCAAUCAAAUGCAAAUGAACAGGACAAAGUUCAAGAGCCGUUUGAGUCAGCUGUUUCAGCCAGUAGCGGGUGGGAGCUUGUGUUGGCUGGGGCCACAACUUCAUCGCCGGCACAACCCUUGCCUAGUGUAGCCAAUGGUUCCGAAAAGAAGACAUUGGAGUCGCCCAGAGACGGUGGCUGGGAGCUCGUGCUGGCCGAGACCGCAACCCAAUCGACACAACCAUUGCCAAAUGUAGCCACCGGCUUGGGUUUGGACAGUUUGUACCAGCAAACUUCUCCAUUGCCUAAUUUUCCUUCUCACCAUUACAAUCCGUUUCUACAGGACACAACUGAAUUAAAAACGGUCACAUCAACCGUGGCUGCUCCGGUAUCUACAGCCACUGCCGAUGUCCAAGCGGACAGUUUUCCGGCGAGUGACCCCUUUUCAUGGGCACCCACGUUUCAAGCAAGCCCAACAUUUUGUGCUCAAAAUCCAAACGGCACAAUCAUGGCAAUGCAGAAUGAGAAUGACCCUUUCGGGACGUGCUCGCCGACUACAAUGGCCGGUGAACAAAUGAUGAAUGGGUCUGUGAAUCAGCAGAAUUUGUUGCAUGAACAACAAUUGUGGUUGCAGCACCAGAAUAAGAUCAUAGCAAAGCAUAUGGCUUGAUUUAUGAUCGCACACGAACGUGUUUGAUUUCUGUAAAUUAUUAGCAUGUGAUAAAAUUUUGUGAGUGAGGUGUUUAAUCAUUGUCAACUCGUUUUGUUGGGUAAUUUUUUUUUGGUGUUUUUGUUUCUUACAUUUGUAAAAAUUGCCACAAAGGCGACAGAGAAGAGAUAAGGCGGGAAAAAUCAAGCUAACUCCAGAAGGUGAAGCGACUCUAGG